AUGGUGGCCAAACUUGUAUGUUUCUGUGUUACAUUACUGCUUCUUAUCGGCUUCUCUUCCGCCAACACUGAAAUAAUAAAUUUUUCGGUUGCUGAAGACGACGAGCUAGACUUACCCUUCACUGAAACAUGGCCAAUAUUUUAUCCAGGACAUUCACAGGCGAAAUUUGAAGUAACGUCUGCAAAACUUGGGACAGUAUUAUCAAGCGAAAUUUGUCCUGACCUUCCAAAAUGGAGCUCUAAAUACCCGCAACGGUGUCCGCAUGAAACCUGGGUCGUCCUUGAUUUGGACCGAGGUGACUGGAAACGCUUUAAUAAGUUUACACUUCGAGUAUCUUGGGCAGCAUUUCAUCCUACCGAUUUCUCAAUCAAAGUCCACGACCCCACUGCUCUAGCUAUUCAUUCUCAGCGACCCGCGGGUAUAUCGUCAACCCGCCGCAAAUAUGCCCGCAUACAACUGGUGCAUGCCGGAGUCUUAACCCCACCACACAACGAUACAUUAGACGCCAUGGUGCGCCAGCUUGUUCCGUUUGUCCUAACCGUUGAACCACUCCAUCUCGGUAUCAUUCCCGAAUCAGUUAUUCCUGUCAUUGCUGCAAUCAUGUUAGCGAUUGUGCUGGGCCUUCCUCUUUCAGCGUGGGUAUACACCCAUCUACUCUCUAUCGCCAAACAAGCCAAAUUGGCAACGAAAGUGGACUAG